AUGAAUCUAGUUUCAGACUUAAAAUCUGGUGUUAACCUUUGUUCAACAUUACUAAGAUCGUUAAAAACUCAUCUAGUAGAAGAAGUUAAAGAUGUGAAUCCUUUUCUAGUGCCCAAUAACUACAACAACAUUAAUAACCAUUUUUCAAACUCUCGAAAAGAAAAUCGAUUACCAGGUGCUAUUUCAAACCCUAAUUCAACAAAUUUUUCAAAGUUAUGUCUAUUUAAUCAUGGAUGGGAUAUAUCGCACAUCUACUUGGAAAACUUUUUGAAUAAGUUAAGAGAUUUGGAUUUAUCAAAAUUUUCUUCUGAUUUAAUUAGAAAUUUUAGUAUUAUUGCACAUGUAGGUAGGAAUCUGAUUCUUUAUUUUAAAAAAAAUAAAGAAUACCUACUUAAUUUAAUUGACACACCUGGACAUGUAGAUUUUAAUUAUGAAGUGUCAAGAUCUCUUGCAGCAUGCCAAGGAACCAUACUUUUAAUUGAUGCCACACAAGGAAUACAAGCUCAAACUAUUGAUCUUCAAGCAGCAAAUGUUGAUAGAGUUAUCAAACAAAUUAAUAGCACAUUCAAACUAGACACUUCAGAGAUUUUAUUGACUUCUGCAAAAUCGGGAUUAAAUGUUGAUAAACUAUUGCCAAAAGUAAUUGAACAAGUACCACAACCAAGUGGUGAUAUAAACAAGCCAUUGAAAGCAUUUUUAUUUGAUUCAUGGUAUGAUACUUAUGUUGGAGUUAUUUCUCUCAUGUCAAUUGUUGAUGGAAGGUUACAAAAAGGUGAUAGAAUAGUAUCAGCUUAUUCAAAUAAUAAAUAUGAAGUUUUGGAUAUUGGAAUCAUGCAUUCUGGACAGGUUGGAUAUGUUAUAUGUGGUAUGAAGGCUGCUAGUGAAGCUCAUAUUGGUGAUACAUUUUAUCAUGACAAAAUUCCUGUAGAUCCAUUGCCUGGAUUUGAACCUGCAAAACCAAUGGUUUUUGCAGGUAUAUUUCCUGUAGAUACUAAUGAAUUCAAUAAAUUAGAUGAGUCUAUAACAAAAUUGACUAUUAAUGAUGCGAGCGUUUCUAUUCAAAAAGAAACAAGUAUGGCUUUAGGACAAGGUUGGAGAAUAGGAUUUUUGGGUACAUUACACAUGGAUGUAUUUAGACAAAGACUAGAAGAAGAAUAUGGUGCAAAUAUAAUAAUAACCCAACCAACUGUACCUUAUAAAGUUGUUUAUAAAGAUGGGAAAGAGAGUUUUGUUCAGAAUCCAACGGAAUUUCCUGAUUCUGUAGAUUUACAAUAUAAGAUUUUAGAAUUUCAAGAGCCAAUGACAAAAAGAGGUGAACAACAAGAAUAUAAUUAUCUUGAUGAGUCCCGUGUGAUGAUGAAAUAUGAAAUUCCACUUGCAGAAAUUGUAAUAGAUUUUCAUGAUGAAUUGAAAUCAAGAUCAAGUGGUUAUGCAAGUUUUGAUUAUGAAGAUAUGGGAUAUCAGAAAUCCGAUAUUGUUAAGAUGGAUGUCUUGCUUAAUAAAAAACCGGUGGAUGCAUUAGCAGCAAUUAUGCAUAGAUCGCAAGUUAAUCGUGUUGCAAAAAGAAGGCAAAAAGAGGAUGAAAAUGGUUGGUGA